GUGUCUGUAAUGGGAACAUUGAAAAACUUUGCGAUUUUCUUUGUGGUCUUUCAAGAAAAUGUUGGUGGCUCUUCUGAACAUGUCAGCUGGAUUGGCUCCAUUAUGUCCUCUCUUCGAUUCCUAGCAGCACCACUGGUUACCACAGUAUGUGAAAUGCUAGGGGAACAGAAGACUUCACUGAUUGGGGCUUGCCUGGUUGGUGUUGGCUGUCUCGUCAGCACACUGGCCACAAGCAUCUCUUUCCUUUGUGUGUCUAUGGGAUUCUUAUCAGGAUUGGGUUUUGCUUGCUUAUAUCAAGUAGCAGCUGUGAUGACGGUUAAAUACUUCAAGAAACGGCUGGCUCUAGCCAAUGCAAUUGGCCGUUCAGGAAUGGGACUGAGUGUUGUGCUAGCACCAUUAGUUCAAUUCCUCAUAGAAAUGUACAGUUGGCAAGGUGCCCUAUUGAUAUAUGGUGGCAUCAUGCUGAACCUUGUGCCUUCUAGCAUGCUAUUACGGCCAAUUAAUGUGAAUAGAAAGAAAGAUGUCAGUACUACAAACAAAGGCAACCAAAUAUCUGCACAUUGCAAGUUUCCAGAGACUUUGAAAGAUGAAAUCUGCACCACGGAAUUGGACAUAUUGGCUCCUCCCAAUCAAGAAUGCACCAACAACAUGAACAUACAACAGGUUGGAGAAGAACAGUUAGCACAAGUAAACUACAAGUGUUUUGAAGCACCAGAGAAAAGCUGCCUCCUGGGUACCAACCCAGAUAGGAAUAGUAACCGAGCUACUAGCCAAAGCUACUUUACAUCAAACAAAGAAGGGAAUUCCAAGCAGCAGGCUUUUCCCUGCAAGCAUUUUCAUCUCGAUUUUUCCCAGUUAAAAAAUCCCUUCUUUUACAUUUUCACAUGGUCUUUUCUGUUCAGUCAGCUGGCCUACUUUAUCCCUACCUUCCACCUUGCAGCCAGAGCCAAAACGUUGGGCAUAGAUGUCAUGGACACUGCUUACAUCAUUUCAGUGGCUGGUAUAACAGAGACAGCCAGCCUAUUGCUCUCUGGUUGGAUUGCAGAUCAGAACUGGAUCAAGAAGUAUCAUUAUCAUAAGACAUACCUCAUUCUUUGCGGUGUCACCAACCUGCUGUGUCCUCUGGCCACAACCUUCCCAUUACUCAUGAUCUACUCUGUAACCUUUGCCAUUUUCAGUGGCGGAUACCUGGCACUGUUGCUUCCUGUGCUGGUCGAUCUUGUAGGUGCCCCCAGAUUCCACAGUGCUUUGGGACUUGCUUCAUUCCUUGCUGGACUUGGAGUCAUCGCUGGACCUCCUAUUGCAGGUUGGUUAUAUGAUUACACUGCGACGUAUGCUUGCUCCUUCAUUUUUGCUGGCAUCUGUUUCCUUGUUUCUCCGAUUUCGCUAUUCCUCGAGCCUACAGUUCAGAAAUGGAGACUAAAGAAAGAACUGACCCAAUAAU